AUGGCCGCCCUCGCCAGGUCACGGGCGCUACUGGUGCAGUUGCUGGUGCAGGUGCUGGUGCAUGUGCCAAUGCCGGAGCUGGUGCUGGAUCUGGUGCAGCCUCUUAUGCUGGCUCCAGGCCUUCCUCCUUCCAGCCGCCAGGUGUCCCCCAUCCCGCUGAUUGGGGGGACGGUCCAGGUGCUCUCCGUCGCCGGCUGGUGGGUGGCGGCGGUAUACCCCGUCCUUCACGGUCCCUCGGGCCCCUUCAGGCCGAGGCUUCAGGGGCGGGAUGCCACACCACCCCUUGUCGGUUAUGAGACACACGGAGAGCAGACAACAGAUUCAGACAGUGUGACAUUCUCCGAUCUGAAGCCAGGGCUCAAGUAUGACUUCCAAAUUAAAACCCAGCUGAAAAGCGGAGGACUCAGCCAGCCUGCCUGGACAUCUGCCCACACAGACAUCUGGGACCUUUUGCCUGGGACGCAAUACACUUUUAGUGUCAUUAGGAUUGCUGAGCUUGUCUGUUUUUCAUCUUUUACAGAGGCCAUUCCUCGAGGAAACGUCCAAGUUUCCCAUGUCAGCAGUAGUACGGUGUCUCUUUCAUGGGAACCACCUGCUGGUGAGGUGGAGGGCUAUGUUGUGACCUGUUACUGUGAUUCAGAGAGACACAGAGAGCAGACAACAGAUUCAGACACUGUGACAUUCUCCGAUCUGAAGCCAGGGCUCAAGUAUGACUUCCAAAUUAAAACCCAGCUGAAAAGCGGAGGACUCAGCCAGCCUGCCUGGACAUCUGCCCACACAGAAACUGAACUGGAUGGUUUUCUAAAAAAGCUUGGCUUAAAAGAGCACUACAAGGAGAAGCUCUCACUAAGCAGUGUCCUACAGAUUGACACGAAGGCCGUCAAAGAUGAAGCGGCUAAAUGUCUUUCAGAUCUCCCUUGGUGCUUUCUCAAAAAGCUAAUGAUGGUAAAUUCGACUGCUAGAAAUGUGAAAUGCUCUGCAGGCAGUGAGUCAGAGCAGGAUCUUGCUCGUGGCAAUGUUGGUUUUGAUUUUUACACCAUGUUGGACCCUAAAAAGUCAGGUGAAGAACUGAACCCAUUAGACAUAAUCACUGCUCUCUUUCUGUGCUCAAAUGGCCUCCUUCAGCAGGAAAUGGCUGUCAAAAUGUCCAUGUGUCAGUUUGGGUUGCCUCUACUGCUUCCUGAUUGUGGCACACAGAAGCACACGCUCAUGCUUUGGGCUUUGAGAGGCAUUGUUAAGAAGUACAGACCUCAGGCACUCUCGGACACCAAAAGCUUUAUUGAAAAAUCAAUUGUUGUCGCUGAACUUCCAAUGGUGUCCUUUGUGAGACUUGGUGAAAGUUCUUUAUCAAAGUCAGAGAUUCUGAAUACACUAUUGAGCAAUCCCCAACAGUACCACAACACUUUUUUUCACCAUAACAUGGAAUGUGGGAAUGUUCCAAGGGAAAUCGCAGAUGGACUGGUGGAAACUAGUUGGUAUCUUCCCUGUGGUAACAAAAACAUUGAUAUCUUCAAUGAACCAGUAGCUGUAGCUAAUCUCAGAGGAGACAUUGCUCUCUGUGAAUUGCAAUUUUUGUUUUUAUGCAAAACGUCUGCUGCAGUUUUUGUGUUUCUUGACAAUUUUGACAAGCAAUAUGAACUACUCAAAAAACCAGACGAAACAGAGAUUUUCUUGAUAGUCAAUGUGGAUAGCAAGAAUUUCAACUCCGAAAGGUGCAAAAAGGUACUGGAAGAAUUAAGUUUGCCACAGACCAACAUCGUUUGUAAGAGGAAGGAAGUCAACGAUGCCAACUUUGCAAAAACCCUACAAAAUAUUGUAAGAAAUGUUAUUAAAAACCCAGAUAAAAAAAAGAGCAUAGAGCAAAUGGCUGACGAUGCUAUUAAGCUUGGAAUAAUAGUUGAUGAGCACGCCUCAGACUGUCAGAACGCUGAGAAAAAUGCAGAAGCUAUCACCUCAAAAAUAAAAGACACUGCACAGUACAAAGAGAAAGAACUUCCUCGGCAGGGCUCAAUAUGGAAAGAAUUGAACCAUUUAGAGAAGGAGGAAUGUCGGCUUCGAAGAGCUGGGGAUAAAGACAUAGAAAAAUACAAAUGUGGCCUACGCCAACAGAAAGCAAAACUCCGGGAACAGCAGAGGGAUUUGGACAUUUCAAAUGAUAUGAUCAGCUUCAUGAAAGCAAUCUCAUGUCCAGCUGUUGAACAGGCUUAUUUUUUUAAAUGGAUGCAAAUUAAAAUUGACAACUUGUCCAGAGAACAUUUAUCAAACCUCAGAGCAGAGUAUAAACAGAAAAGUAAGGAUUCAAGCAAAGAAGAACUUAAAGUCAUUGAUCAGCAACUUUCAAAAAGUGCUUUAGGUAUUGAAAACUACUUUCGAGAAAUGGGUCAAAUAUAUGAAUCUACAGUCUCCCUUCCUGAAUCAGAUUCAGUUCGUAAACAAUUCAUGCAUUUGCCCAAGUUGUGUGCCCAAUUACUCAUUGAUGGAUUUCCACUGGAGCUUGUGGAUGGAGAAGCAUCAGGCAUUCCUUUGGCAUGGGUGAAGGAUGUAUUUUCUGAGCUGACAAGAAUGGUAGAUCCAGACAGCAAGAUAAGGGUUGUCACAGUUCUUGGUAUUCAGAGCACAGGAAAGUCCACUCUUCUGAACACCAUGUUUGGAGUACAGUUUGCAGUCAGCAGUGGCCGAUGCACCAGAGGGGCUUUCAUGUUGCUCAUCAGAGUGAACAAAGAGUACUCCAAAGAAAUGAACUGUGAUUUUUUGAUCAUCAUUGACACCGAAGGCCUGAAAUCGCUAGAGCUAGCACAAUUAGAAGAUAGCUAUGAGCAUGACAAUGAGCUUGCAACUAUUGUUGUGGGGUUAAGUGACAUCACAAUAUUAAAUAUUGCAAUGGAGAACAUGACAGACAUGAAAGACAUCCUACAAAUUGUAGUACAUGCCUUUCUCAGGAUGAAAGAAGUCGGCAAAAAACCAAAAUGUCUGUUUGUUCAUCAGAACGUAUCGGAUGUGUCAGCCCAUGACAAUAACUUAAGGGACAGAACUGUGCUGUUACAACAGUUGGAUGAGAUGACACAGGCAGCUGCCAAAGUUGAGAAAAAAGAGGAAUACAAAAGCUUCAAGGAAGUAAUGGAAUAUGAUCCAGACACUGGAAACGGGUACAUUCCUGGACUAUGGCAUGGAAACCCACCAAUGGCCCCAGUAAAUUUAGGUUACAGUGAAGCAGUUUAUGAACAGAAAACAAACAUUAUCCAAAUGUUGAAAGAUUGCAAGUCAUCUGCUUACAACAUGGAUCAAUUUCUGGAUUGGACAGCAAGCCUAUGGAAUGCCAUAAAACAUGAAAAUUUCAUAUUCAGCUUUAGAAAUAGCUUGGUGGCUGAUGCUUACAUGAAAAUAUGCACAGAAUUCAACAAGUGGGAAUGGGAAUUCAAAAGGCACAUUUACUCAUUGGAAAUAAGUGCAAAAACCCAGAUUUCAAAUUUUGGAACAUCUGCUGGCAAAUCUAAGGUAUCCGAUAUCAGAGAACUUGUCAUGGAAUUGACUACUGAAGCCUGCUCAGAGCUAAUGAAAUGGGAAGAAAAACUUAUUGACAAUCUAGAACUAUAUUUCGAAACAGAAAGUCAUGUCCAUCUAGUUGAGAGAUACAGAGAAGACUUUAAACAAAGUGCAAAAGUCCUAAGAAACCAAUUGGAAAGGUUGUUUAAAUCGGAGGUAAAUUUAGCGGCUGAAAAUAAAGAGGGAAUGGCAAAAGUUGAGGAAGUCAAGAACAACACCACAAAACGUUUGGAGGGAGAAGUGCUUAGAUUGCUAGAGGAAGGCCGUAAAAGUAAAAACAAGCAAUCGGAUGACGAGCUGAGAAAGGAUUUUGACCAGGUGUGGGAGAAAGCUACAAAACCUCUAGUUGACAAAGUAAUGCCCAAAACCGAUAUCUAUAGUAACGUUCAUUUUCAACUGAGAAAUAAUGUAGCCUCAAUGGGUAGUCAUGCCAAUCAGAUAGUUAACGUAAUACUUAAAGAACAUGGGAAUGGGGAUUUCAAAGUAAAAUGCGGCAUGUUGAAAAAGGCAAUAAAAUUUACUCAAUUCUGUCCUAAUUAUGAAGCAGAGUUACAAGCAAAGGCUGACGAAAUAAUAGCAUAUUGCAAAAGAAUUGUAUCUAAUAAAAGGCUGGGGGAAACAGAUUACCAUGAAAAUUACAUUCAGGAGAUUUUGCAGAUCAUUGAUGCGAAACUAGAUCAAGGAACAGAAACCCAAUAUGUAGUGAGUUUAAAAUUACACAUUUGUGGUUAUGCAGCCAGUAUCUUUGAAGAAAUGCACCAUCGUUUCAUAACAGAAAAUGACCCUAUCGAUUGUGUCAAUCGAGACAAAGAAAGGUUUUUUGAGGAUUUUAAAGACCUGUAUUACGCAAGGGAGCAGGAUAAGAAGAAAGCUGAGGAAUUUGCUAUUUGUUGCCUCCAGCCUGCAGUGAAGACCUACAUUAGAGUUCACAUGGUUCCAGAUGUUGUUGAUGAAAUGGUGUCAGGCAAUGAUUCAGUGACUUUCAGCUCGCGCAUGUUUUUCCAAUAUUCUGUCUUAAAAGACUUGCUUUCAAAAGACAAGUUCUGCCACUUCGAAGAGUACACCAGUUCAUAUGAGAAAUUCAUAAGGGAAUGGAUUCAGGAGCAAAUUGAGAAAACCUUUUUAGAUGGGCCUAAACUUUUGGAGUUAGAGGAUAAAUAUCUAAAAAAAUGUAUCGAAUGUAUUGUCAAUGCUAUUCAAAAGGCCAUAGUGAACAAACAAUCAACCCAAAAAGAGUUUGUUCAAGAUAUGUGCAGGGAACUUGGUGAUAAAUUGGUUAUUUCCCAGGAUGCUCUCAGCGCUUGCAUGGCACUUUUGAAAGAAGCCACAGCAGAAAAGUUUGCAGACUUUCUCAAACAAUCUGUGACGGAAAUGGAGCAAGCUCUGCAGAAAAAACCAGAAGGUACUGAUUUAAAAGAUAAACUAGACGGACUCGGGUCAAGGCCGCUAGACACCCUUACAGAGAAGUUGGUUGGAUGUGGUAAACAGUGCCCAUUCUGCAAAGCACCAUGUGAGGCAGGGGCAGAGUCUCACAAGGCUCAUCAUGUUGAAAUACAUAGGCCAGAGGGGCUUGGAAGAUACAGAUGUCAGGACUCAAAGAAACUUUGUACUUCUAUUUGCACAUCCUCUAUCUUUGGUAAUGGCCAAUUCAGAAAUAGUGAUACUCAGUGGGAGUUGCAUUCUUUCAAGGAAUACAAAGAAUUGUAUAGGGAUUGGGAGAUUCCUGCAGAUAACAGCUACACAGCAUCUGAUUACUGGAAAUAUGUGAUGGUCAGGUUCAACAAGGACUUUGCUGAAUCUUAUUCUGCAAACCCUGCAGAUGUUCCCAUUGAAUGGACAACAAUUAGCAAGGAAGCUGCUGAUAAAAGCCUUAAAGAGGCAUUUGGCAUCAAAUAGGAUUUGUCGAAGAGAUCAGAGUGAGAUUUCUUCUCUGACCAUGAGGAAGAGCGGCCUCUUUUGAAUAAUAUAUAUUUGAUCUAAUGGGAGUGUUGUGAAAAUCACCACUAUUGUAUCAUGUGAUAUGUUAUGGUGCACAAGUUAUCCUACUACAUAUGUGAGGCAAGAAAGGCUGACCUGAUGAGAUAUAAAUAGUGAUACAAGGAUGUGUGUCUUUUAAUUCUAAUGUUUUUUAGUUAAAACCAGUUGAUUACAAACCCAGCUCUGAAAUUACCUUGCCUCUUUAAUUUUGUGGUUCGUUGUUGAAGUAAGGUUCCAUUGGAACUUUUUAAAGUUUGAGCCUGAUGAUUGGAAUUUUUGUUAGAUUAUUUGACAUUUGACAUUAACGUAAUAAACUAAGCAUAAAGGCUA